GCCAGAACAGCGUGCCCGAGUGUUAGGUUGCCCCUCAUCCCCUGCACUUGCAGUGCAACACGGGUCAUUCAUUAGUUACUGGGCUGGAUGGGGCGACCCUCAACAAACCGACAGGAUCCUUGGGAAAGGCCCUUGUCUUAUCCGCCCAACCAUCUCGUCAUCCGCCCAUCUGCGUGUGCGCGCGCCCUCGCCGUGUGCUGCUGUGGUUAUCGCGGCUUUGCCCCCUUCUCAAAGUGGGAGUAGGAGGUUGCUUGCUUUGUCGACCCGCCACUUCCGGCCACGCUUACCCUGCCUUUGCUUUUCUCUCAUCUUGCUCGCAUCAGCACCAACCGCCGGUGCGACAGCCCCCUGUGGAAUCCCAUUUCCCUCCAGCAUCCAUCCUAUCUACGGUGCAACAACCUCUUUCGACGGACCUACUCGGUCUACACCCGGCUUUUCCGACUCGUCCGAGGGUGGUGCGUGGGAAUACAUACAAACUUACGACGAGGCACGGCGACGUAACCGCUCUUUAUCAGACUCGACCUAGCGAUAGCGCGGGACUGCUACCCCGUCAUAUAGCGUCGCCGCUGGCCCCUCCCCGUCUCCCGACCCCGGAGACCACCUCAGACUCCCCAACUACUCGCACGAAUCGUCACCAAGACACUCAUCGCUGUCGGCCCUCAUCGUCGCAGCGGCAAGGCCAUCACCGUCAUGGCUUUCCAGCAACCAGCCCGUCAGCCCGUUCAACGGGUCGCCCGCCCGUCUAAUGCGGAGGCCGAUGACGUGACCACUCACGCCAGACCGUCAUCUGAGCGGGCCGUGGAGGAGUCGCAGACCUGGGUGCUCUUCUCCCCGCCGACCGAGGUGACCACGACCUCGUAUCUCAGCGAGUCGGAUCAUUCGCUGGUUACACCGGGACGCUCGCAACUGAGCGAACUUGGGAGUCUGAACACCGUCGCUAGAUCGGCGCGACACACGGAUGCGAGGCAGUCGGCUUCCUUCUCCGCCAUCGACGACGUCUCCGUCGAAGACGACACAGAACUCGACAGCCUAGACAGCCAUCUACCCGAAUUCCGAUCGAUUCCUGGCGCACAAGCGCGUUCCCACCAUGGAAGCCCGCUGGCGCUUCCCGUUUUCCCCGCACACGAUGGACUCGGAUCCUUCCGCUUGGACCGCCCCGUCUUCAGCCGAGAGGCACAGGACCACAUCUACCAAUUUGAGAGGUUCAACCCUCGGAGAGUCCGCCGGAGGCUGGAUAGCUUUGAGCGUGGCCACCUCGAGCUCGACUAUGGGCAGCAUCAGGAGGAAGAGAAGCGGCUGCGCAUCGAGGCCUGGCGCCUUGAGCAUAGCCGCAUAUUGCUGGACGAGGUCCAGCGGGAGACGAGGCGGAGGCGCAAGUCGCAAGCGUCAAUGCAUCGCAUUCAGCGAGCCGCCGAUGGCGAGUCAGAUAACAUGACCUGGCAUGAUGAAGAUGCGAUUCAAACCGAGGCUCCGCCCGAAGGCAUCUUGGCCCGAAUCACGCGCAAGGUUGUCAAGGACUUCUUAGGCAUCGACGACAGGCUCUUGUCCAUCUUGCUGGGCGAGGCAAUUCCCGAGGACGAUGAGCUGUCGACGACACCCCGGGCGUCACAGCUGGGCGGGUGGGAGGUCGAGAGCGAUUCUACCUGGCAGGUGCAGAUCCUGGAGAGGUUGUCACAGGAGCUCGGGCUGCUGGUCAGCCAGCUAUCGCAUCACCCGGGUGCAUUCUCGACGUAUUUAAGAGUGCAGCAGAUGCCGCUGCCAUAUGCUGGCCUGCCAGUCAUUCACGAGUCCGUGGACGGGCCGCAGACUGCAGAGGCAACGGAGCCCGAGCAGCACACGCAGCCAUCCUUGCCAGACUUUCAGCCGACGGUGAACCAACAAUCUCAACCCAUUGCCAUCCCCGGUCGGCGAGACGACGAAAGCAGCGUGGCCAAGGAUGAUGUACCGAUGGAAAAUGCCUUCACCAAAGACGAGUGGGAGAGGAGUCUCGAUUUCAAGCUGGUGUUCCGGUAUCUAAUUACACGCUUUACAUCGCGAUCUAAGGGGGCGACACCCUCGACAGGGCCCCACGCUGGAACGCCGACGGCGCAGGAUAGCACGGCCAAGAUGACACGAGUGCGGCAGCACCACCCUCUCAUAGCGCGCUCUCGACCAGUCGAGCGGCGGGCAUUCAAGGCGACAAUGCCAUCGAGCCCGGUAGCGCUGCGGCAUCACAGCAGCUGCGCUAGCCAGAGCACGAGACGGUCCGCGCGGCGGAGCAGCUGCUCAUCGCGACACUACUGGGACAUUGGCGGCUCUCUGGGGACCGGGUCGAUUGCAGGACCUCACGGGCCGAUGGGCAGCUGGGGCGAGGUGUAACCACGGCCGAGCUGACGGCGAUAAGCUGCCAUUGUACAACACGCAACAUUAUGGAUUUUAGGGAUUUUGGCUUGGAAGCAACGGAUAGGCGGUGUUCAUGAUUUAGAGCGAGCUGAGGCACACGGCUAGAUUACAUAUAAAGCACAUAACAAGAUUCAGCAAAUGGCACGGCAUCAUGCAACUUAAUCCGGCUGCUCAUGACUCAGCUCUGGGUCAGCAUGAAGACGCUCUGCUUUGGGAGAGAUCACUAGGGACUGCGUCGGAGUAAUGUGGUUGACCACACUCAGGAGGCUUGUUCGGCCCGGGAGCAUGCCAGCGCGACGUCACGAAUAAAACAUGCCGACGAACGGCCCGGCCGAGAUGCACAGCCAGCCAGCCAUUUGCCCAGGGCGGCAGAAGCGCCGCUGCUCGCGUCGCGUUAGCCUCAUCUUCAGCCUAUUGCGUGUAAGGGGCGAAAGGCUGCAACGGGAUUUGCCGCGGUCAAUGAAGCUGCAGCCUUGCGGUGCAAACAUACGUUACUGCUGCACACAAGUCACUACUGCACACAGUGAGUGAGUGAGCUGCAAGAUCACAUCUGGCCUAUUCAUAGGAUGGCUGACGGGCAGCCAAUGGGCCUGGUGCCAGCCUCACGGUUUCCGCACUCCCCCGAGUCGGCGUCAAACCGGGGGGGUUUUUUUUUCUCACCCGAGGGUUUGACUCACGGGGUACAAAUAUUCCGAUGAUAACAUGUAGACGAAGGAAGGAGGGAAGGAAGGAAAUGGACUCGCUCGAGACACACCGCUGUUGAGUCAGAGAGGCGUAUGCUCACCUGCAUGGCUGCAGUGACGAGCGCGCCAGGCCAGAAAAAUAAGAAUCAUAAUAAUCAUGCGCAGCACGAAAUAAUAGCUCGUACUUAGGUAAUCUUGGU